CCUCUUGGGUCUUUUAAUCUCAGUUUAAUCCAGAAUGUAGGGAGUUGUUAUUACACAGUGGUUAUUACAACAUGCUGUUCCUCUCCAAGAUAUACUCGUGAUCAUAUUAGUAUUGCUUUCGGUGAUGUUUAUGGCAAUCAGAUCUAUGCACCAAGGUUGGAUGAUCCAUCGAGAACAUUUGAACGGUGUUCCUCCGAUUCAUUUCAGAUCUCUGGACCAUGUGGAUAUCAGAUAUGCUAUGUCUAUCUCUACAGAAGCGGACCAGAUGGUUGGAAGCCUGACACCGUGAGGAUUUCUGGUUAUUCUUCGAGGACUGUUACUUUUACCUACAAUACCUACAUCCCUAGAGAUGUUUGGUACGGAUUUAAUUUGUGCCACAAUGCCUCUUCUGCACUUCAGCGAGGAAUUCCGCAAUGGUUUUUGUACAUGAUCCUCGCGGUUCUUGCUAGUUUUAUAUUGCUAGUCUAAACGAAUAAGAAGCAGCACAUUAUAAGAAGCAGCACCUCUGGGACAUUUGCUAGCAACUUAUGGGUUCUUGCUAGUUUUUUUUUAUUGCAAGUCCAAACAAAUAACAAGCAGCACAUUAGUGGCUGCUGGGACAAUUGCUAGCAAAUUAUCGUCAGUGGCAUGUUGCAGAAGACUAGGAAAAAUAUUAGUACUGGAAAUGUGGCGAACCAUUUCCAUAUUUCUAAUAUGGUGUGAAGUUGUAACUAGCUACUAUCGUUCUGAGAGGAUUCAAGGAGCAAAGAACAAUAGCCUGUGUAGGUUGGACUGGUGAAAACUCAAGGAGAGAAAGAAAGAUAGGGGUUCAGAAAGUUCUGAAAGGUGCUUGUUAUUUUAUUUCUUACUUGAUUGAUGAAUGCUCAAUACGCCUUGGUUAUAUGUAUAGACUCAUAUAUAUCCUAGCCUGACAAUGAUUCUACCU